AUGUCAACCACUGCACCGCUGAUGUUUUGGGGUGACAGCAAACAUGAGGGCGAAAACCCCCAAGACUUCAUGAACGCGCUCGAGUUGUCAUUCAUGCAGAAGACAACAGCGUUCUCCACCACUGAGAAAGUCAAAGUGUUCAUGCUAAGGCUGAAAGCAGGGUCGGCGGCAAAGGAAUGGUUCAACGGCCUUCCAGCCACCCAAAAGGACACCUGGGAGCACCUCCAAACUGCCUUUGAGAUGAGGUGGCCAGAGCGUGUGACGACUGCGAAGACAAGGGAGGAGAAGCAGGCAGCAUUGGGGCAGACUGUGUUGGAGAGAGUGAAGUUGGGAAAGAGGGAAAAGGUAGACAGUGUGGAGGAGUUUUCGCAUAUUGCAUGGGCAGAUAAGGUGGAGAGGUUAGUGGGUGCGAUUCCAGACAACACAGGGCUGUUGAUCACAGAAACGAGGAAGAACCUACCAAGGGUGAUGAGGAAAUUGGUGGGAAGUGGGCACAUCACCUGGAAGGUGUUCUGCGAUGCGGUUUGCGCGAUUUCCAUCAUGGACCUCAAUGAGGCUAUGGAAGAAGAGGCUGAUACAGUCACAACAGAGCAACUGUGUCUAGUGCAGCUGAACACACCCUCAAAGAGCACAAACCUAGGACCAGCACCCCCACAGCCAAAUUUCCGUUUAGUCCCAACACCAGUAGCCACAAGAGCAGCAUCUCAACCACGUCAAUCGCUUGUUUACCGUCCUGAUGCUGAUCGGCUCAUAGAUGUCACACGAUUGGCACUUCCGAUUGCCCCAAACACUACAGCAGGGCUAGCAAUGUACAAAGACCAAAUUGCUGCAUGGAAUGUGGCUAGCAGAGGCCGAGGACCCAACGAGUUACACCCAUACCCUCUUUCACCCAGAACGAGCCCUGUCGGGUCCAACAAGUGCUGGACUUGCGGAUUCACUGGCCACAUGCAUGCAAACUGCCUUCUGACUGCAAACAGAGUACCAGCUCUCAAAUUCAAGUGGCAGAGCAUUGCGGCAAGCAUCAAAAGCAGAGCUGCUGCUGCAGCAACCCCUAUCCAUCUGGUAGCAGAGGAGGAUGAGGCAGAGGAGGCAGCCAGGGAGGAGUAUUGGGAGUUUGAACAGUGGAAGGCCAGGAAGGCAAUGCAGGGAAAUGGGGAGGGGUUGUUGGCGUAG